AUGGAGCUCGCGGUGCCCAUGAAGUCUUAUGGCGACUUGUUGGAUGCGCAGAAGGAUCUGUUCGAGAAUCAGAUUGAGAAGCUCCAGCAGAUAGUCGCCACUCAAUGCAAACUCACCGGCGUCAAUCCCCUUUCUCAAGAGAUGGCUGCUGGGGCUUUAUCCAUCAAAAUUGGCAAGAGACCUCGAGAUUUGCUGAAUCCCAAGGCUGUGAAAUAUAUGCAAUCUUUAUUCUCCACCAAAGAUGCAAUUAGCAAGAGGGAAACACGUGAGAUUAGUGCUCAAUUUGGAGUUACAGUUACCCAGGUUCGUGACUUUUUUAAUGGUCAGCGAUCAAGAGUGAGGAAGUUUGCCAAAUUGUCUAAAGAGAAAGUUAUUAGAUCUUCUGCCAGUGAUGGAACGCAUGCUGAUAUUGUCUCAACUUUGGAUCCCAAUAUGCCAGUAGAACCUGUCCCACUGAAUACUAUGGUCCCUGCAAUUGUCAAUGAAGUGCCCUCAUGCUCAAAGAGCAAUGAGGCUUUAUGUGACAUGGAGGAGUCAGAUCGACAAUUUAUUGAAAAUAUUUUUAUUUCAAUGAGGAAAGAAGAAUCAUUCUCUGGACAGUUGAAAUUGCUGAAGUGGAUUCUCCGUGUAGAAAAUCCUUCAGUACUGAAUUGGUUUUUGACUGAAGGUGGGCUGAUGAUAUUAGCAACGUGGUUAAGUGAAGCUGCUAAUGAAGAACAAACAAGCUUUCUCCGUGUGGUUCUUAGGGUGUUUCAAAACUUGCCAAUGAUCAAGGCUCUCCCUGUGCAUAUGUCUGCUGUAUUGCAAAGUGUUAAUAGCCUUAGGUGUUACCGGACAUCAGACAUCUCACACAGGGCUAGAAUUUUAUUGUCCAAGUGGAGCAAUAUGUUUGGGAAGAAGCUAUCUUUGAAGAGAAACAAUGGGUUGAAAUCAUCCAGCGAUUUGGAGGAUGAGAUGCUGUUGAAGCAAAGCAUUCACCAAGUUAUGGGAGAUGAAUCAUGGGACUUAAAAGAUAGGAACACUGAAAACACUCUAAGGUUCUUGGGUGACAAUCCUGAUAACCAUCGGAAGUCUGAUGCUGUUCCGCCUAUGAAAUUGCUAAUGGCCCCGGAAGAUGAAUCUAAUAAACGGCGAGGUGUUCUAUCGUCUAACAUGAAAGAACGCCGUAAAGUUCAGAUGGUGGAGCAUCCGGGUCAAAGGUCUACUGCAAGGGGUCCCCAGGUCAUGAGAUCAACUUCCACGACUCAAAGCCGCCCGCUUUCUGCUGAUGACAUACAGAAAGCAAAGAUGCGUGCUCAAUAUAUGCAGAGUAAACAGGGGAAAACUGUGAUUCGUCCUGAUGAAAAAGUAGCGCCUGAGAGUCAAAACAGAUGUACCUCUUCAAAUGCCAGUUUGCCACCGCCUGUUCCAAAACUGGUUGCUCGGAUUGAACUUAAGGAGGAUAGGCGAGCUGAUAAUGAUGUUCCCAAACCUGCUAAACCGUCAGAAAUUUCUCCAGAUAUGAAGGAGCCUCCGUGGAAAAAGUUCAAAAGAGUUCAGAUCCCAUGGCGGACACCUACAGAACUCAAAAUCAUGGACGAGUGGUGUGUAGCUGAUGGUGCUAGCAGCAAAGAAGUCGAAGUCCAGAAAAACCGAAUCAGGCGAGAGAGAGAAAUAAUUUACAGGUCAACCCAAGAAAUCCCGUCCAACCCAAAAGAACCCUGGGACCGUGAAAUGGACCCUGAUGACUCACUAACACCCGAAAUCCCAAUCGAACAAUCGCCAGACGUUGAGCCUUUAGAAACACCCCCAAUUUCUCAUAAUGGUGAAAUUGAAACUAUGGGCUCAGUUGCUUCCACGUCAUCAUCUGAAAAUAUUCCCGUACCUGAUCUUGAGCUACUGGCCGAACUGUUGAAAAACCCUCAGUUGGUUUUCGCUUUGACAUCUGGGGGGCAAGCUGGUAAUUUAUCGAACGACAUGACUGUUAAACUGCUCGAUAUGAUAAAAGCGAACGGGGCGAAUUCAUUGAGUAAAUUAGCUGGGAAUAAUGGCGACAGUAAAGUCGAGGUUUCACUACCGUCUCCUACCCCCUCGUGCGAGCCUGUCCCGAAUGGAUCGAGGCCCGAUUUCUCGAGAAACCCGUUUUCGCGGCAGCAAACGUCGGCAAGCGGCAGCAUUUAUCAGACCACGGGUUUCGCUCAGCCCGUUUCGCUUAGUCAGCAUUCAGCCCAUUUGACAGCUUCCCAAACUUCUGUUCAGUUGCCCUUAACCACACAAAUGUACCACCAACAAAGUAGAUUUAACACUCUGCAACAUGCACAACAUUUGACUACGGAAAUGUUGCCAAAUCCCGGCCCGAUUAACCCGAAUCUUAAUUGGGCCGAUUCAAAUGGGUAUUAUGCUUCCGAACAAUCGGUUUCGAACUUGUCGAGGGCUCGGCAGGGUUUUGACCCGAAUUAUCACUAUCAACACACUAGAAAUGAAAACGGGUACAAUGCUUACGCAGCUGGGCCGCCAGGUGGCAGAAACAACCUGGCUGGCAGGCCCUGGCCCGGACCCGAGUCUUGGAGCCCCGGUGAGAGCCCGUCUAGAGGUCGUGAGUACUUACCGGACCAAUAUUACCGGGGCAAUAGAGAUGAGAGGGCUAUGGGCGGAGCUGGAAAUAAACGGUGGCGUGAUUACAGACAAUAG